CACACCCUGGUCUCCGAGCCGGUCUCCGAACCCACGUCCCUCGAGAAGCUCCAUGGAAGCAGGGAUGCCUGGCUCGGCAGUCGCCUAUGCCACCUGCUGGGCCAGUCGUUACCGCCGCCCAGGCGAUUCGACGCAGUGCUUUACUAUCUUGUGGCUUUCGGUUACUACUUAGUAAUGCUAGCAGACAGAGGCAGGCCCCCAAAACGUCUGGAAUGCCCUCAUGACACAUCGCGUCGCGGGGGUCUCGUGUCCUCAUCCUCCCUUUGUCGGUCCCUGCUCUAUCCUAGACCUGGAUGUUGACCGCUUAGCUGCUCUAAGGAGUCAACUGGAUAAGCUAUGCCCCUGCUGCGUGGGCCAGGACAGCCCAGGGGCCGGUCAUCGCGGCUCUUGUCUAGGAAGCGUCAAGGACGCGAAUGGCACUCCCAGUUCCGCAGUGAAGCGGCUCAAAGCAGCAGGGCCACGCGGCCAAGAAACGGUGACGAUGAACGCCUCGCCGCACUCGCGACGCCUUGAUGACGCAGGCAGCGCUGGCUCGGGGGGAAAUUUUGUCUCUCCACCAUGUGGUCUCCCGACAAGUUUGAGAGCAAAGCAGCCGACAAGGAAUGGACCUCCGUCACCAUGGCGUCAGGCUACGGCUAUCAAACUGUCUCCUGUGAGUUGAGAAAGGAGGAAAGGACAUGUCAACGCGGCGAGAUGAUGAGCCCAGCCGAUAUAAACUGUCUCUGGUGGACGCCGUUGCAGCUGGCCGACGAGGGCCACGCCGAAAAAUGUCUUCCAACGAGUCCAUCACCACUCUGCGAGAGAGCUCCGAAGAGCUCGAGCAACGAAAAAUCGACUUUGAGAGGCUAGGACGGGAGAGACCAGCCGCCUUCUCGUCAACAUGGCUCGAGAUAGCCUUUGUUACGGCGAUGCUCGUGUCGCUGUCCAUGGCGGAAUUUGUUAUCGGCGGCUUCCAGGUCGUCCUACCCGCGCUCGUUGAGCCCUUCGACAUCCCCCCUUCGUCUCAGACGUGGCCCUCGAGCGUGCUGACCUUGGUGGCCGGCUCAUUCCUCUUUCCGCUAGGUCGCGUCACCGACAUGUACGGGGGAUACAUCGUCUUCAACAGCGGCCUGAUGUGGUUCUCCAUCUGGGGUAUUGCCACGGGAUUUGCCCAGAAUUUCACGACGCUGGUCCUUUGUCGUGCCAUGGAGGGGCUGGGAGCGGCCGCAUUCCUCCCAGCAGGCAUCUCCAUGCUCGGCACCAUCUACCGGCCCGGCCCCAGGAAAAACCUCGUUUUCGCCCUUUACGGCGCUACGGCACCCCUGGGGUUCUUUGCGGGCAUCAUCAUUGGCGGCUUGGCGCAAGAUCUGCUACAGUGGCGAUGGUACUUUUGGAUCGGAGGCAUCGUCACUGGGCUCUGCUGCCUCGGGGCGCUUCUGACCUCGCCACGCGACUACACCGAGACACGCAAGAUGAACGUCAAGAUGGACUGGUGGGGGACAUGCACCAUGAUCCCCGGCCUCAUGCUGACCAUCUACUCCAUCACCGAGAGCAGCCAUGCGCGCCGCGGCUGGUCCUCCCCGGAGAUUGUCUCGACGCUCGUCCUGGGGCUGUUGUUCCUCGCGGCCACUGUUUACGUGGAGGGAUGGGUUGCAACGGCGCCACUCAUUCCUGCUGACAUCUUUCGCGUCAAGUACAUCAAACGCAUGCUUUUCUGUCUGCUCCUCUCGUGGGGCGUAUUCUCCGUGUACCUGUUUUACACUAAUUUCUACAUCGAAACUAUUCUGGGGAAAUCGGCAUUGAUUACGGCCGUUUGGUUCGCGCCAUGGGCGGCCAGCGGACUCAUUCUGUCGACCUUCGCCGGGCUAAUCCUCCACAUCUUUCCGGGCCGCGUCCUGCUCAUCUUCUCGGGCAUCUGCAAGGUGGUCGCCGUGCUCCUCUUUGCCCUCAUACCCGAGAAUCCGAACUACUGGGCUUGGGUGUUUCCCGCCAUGGUCUGCGAGGCAGCGUGCGUGGACGUGCUCUGGACGGUGAGCAAUGUGUUCCUUACGACAAGUCUGCCACGCCACCGCCAGGGCAUGGCCGGCGCUGUCAUAACCAUCACGGUUUUCGUCGGCGGGGCGCUGGUGCUAGCCAUCGCGGACGUGGCCAAGGGCCAGUUCGAAGCUUCGGGCAUGGACGUCAAGUCGCAGUACAAGGGCGUAUUCUUGAUUGCCGCAGGCCUUGCCUUUUUGGCCCUCAUCUCCAGUAGCUGCAUCAAGCUGGGCAAAGCAGGUUGUGCCCUGACGGUCGAUGAGAAGGAGCAGGAGAAGGAGAAGGAGGAGAGUGUCGUGGAGCGACCCAGGCUGCAGAGGCGAGACACGCAGAGCUCGGACGCGACGGCCGUGGACUCUGACGCCGAGACCCAGGCCACCCUUGAAGCGGACAGCGAGAAGACGGCUGUGGUGGCAGUGUCUCCUCUGGACGCAGCCCAGAAGUAGCUGGAGGGGACCCUUUCCCGCCUUUCUGGGGACGUAAACGAUAUGUAUUGACAGAAGAGUAUACAUGGGACACAUGCAGCAUAAACCGCUGCGGACAGACAAACAGACUUACAGCGGGGAGUUAUAUGCGUGGGCAAGCAGCUUAGAGACCUGUUAGGGCUAGAUGAAGGAGGCUACCCUUUUUGUUGUACUAUAUUAAUCGCUCAUCCUCAAUUACGAU